AUGAGAGAAUAUCUAUAUAAGAUACUAGUAGUUGGUGAUUUAGGAACAGGAAAAACUUCUAUUAUUCGACGAUACGUCCAUAAUAUAUUCUCAACCAAUUAUAAGUCUACAAUCGGUGUUGAUUUUGCUCUAAAAGUCAUUCAAUGGGAGAAUGAUUUGAUUGUUCGACUUCAAUUAUGGGAUAUUGCAGGGCAAGAGAGAUUUGGCAAUAUGACACGCGUUUACUAUAAAGAAGCUUUGGGAGCUAUUGUUGUUUAUGAUGUAACUCGACCGCAGACGUUUGAGGGUGUAACAAAAUGGAAAAAUGAUCUUGAUACAAAAGUAGCAUUACCGGAAGCCUGGGGUGGAGGGAAGAUACCGGUCAUUUUGAUUGCAAAUAAGAGUGAUUUAAUUCAAGAAGGUCAUGGACAGCACGUCAACCCUACUGAAAUGGAGCAGUUCUGUAACGAAAAUGGAUUUAUAAAAUGCUUCGAGGCAUCAGCCAAAGACAACACAAAUAUAGAAGAAGCAGCACGUUAUUUAGUUUCAUCUAUUUUAAAAAUUGAAGAAGAAAAUGCUGAUAAAAUUAGUCUUUUGCAGCAACAACAAGAGACAGUCCGUUUGGAUAAAGAUCGUCAGCAACAGCCACAACAAUCAUCUAAUAGUAACUGUUGCUAA